CGAAAUCACAAACAAUACACGGGUGUGUUUCAUUUCGCUCUGAUUUCGUAAUCUGCCUUCGCCAUGGAGUCUCUCUUGAAGAAUCUCGAAAAACAUGUCACUUGUUCCAUUUGUCUGGAUACUUACACCAAACCAAAGACCGUUGCUUGUCUUCAUACCUUCUGCUUGAAAUGUUUAGAGGAACACGCUUUGAAAACCCAAAGACAAGGACAAUUUCGAUGUCCCGAUUGUCAGGCACAAUUGAAUAUCCCAGAAGGAAAGUGUUUCGAUAAUUUGCCGACUGGUUUUCUGCAAAACAGCCUGUUGAGUCUUCUCGCUGUACGACAAAGUGGCGAUGGAAGUCAGAUCAGUUGUGGUAUCUGUAAGAAAAAGAGCGCCGAGAUCAGCUAUUGCUUCGCUUGCGAAAAAUUACUGUGCCGUGAUUGUGUUAAUGCACACGAAUUGUUUCAAGAGAUUGCCUUUCGAGGACACAAAGUGACGGCAGUGAAACAGUUUCAAGCCGUAGAUUACGAGGCCUUGUUAAAGCGUCAGUCCUAUUGCCCUCAGCCUUACCACGAGAGAGAGGUAACCAGGUUUUUUUGCCUUGAAUGCCAGAUUUGUGUUUGUCAAGUUUGCAUAAACACUGAUCACAAGAAUCAUAAUGUUGAUCCGCUUGAGAAAGCAGCGGAUGCCGAGAAAGCAAACAUUAUGGCGGCAGUCGAGUCGAUAGAACAAAAGAGGAAAGUCUGUAGCGAUGCGAUUCACACUUUUCAACAAGUUGUUGAAGAGCUAGAACGAAAUGUUACCGCUGCUAAACGAGAGGUUUCCCAAACAGCCGAACAAAUGAUCGCAAAGAUUCGAGAACACGAACAGGAAGCUACAAAAAUCCUCGAGAAUACACGUGUGGUUAAAAUGGAGAAAAUAAACACUCUAAACGAGCUAGUUAAGUCAUUGAUCAAACAACUCGACCAAGCGGUUCAGUUUGGAAAAAACCUGGUUGAGAGAAGCUCCAGUUCAGAUUUUAUGAAAAGUAAGAAAAGUUUAGAGCAGAGAUUUGGAGAUCUCGACAAGGCCAUAGUCCCUGCACUUCCUGUCAGCUCAUACGUGAAGUUUUUCUCGACUAAUGCACUUGACAACCUAAACCUGGGGCCAGUGAUAACCAAUGAAACAGAUGUACGGUUGUCAUCAAUGAAAGCUCUUACUGAAAAUCUCCAAGCUGGUCUGGAAGCAGAGUUUUUGGUUUGUCCAAAGCGAAAGAGUGAGGGAGAGCUUACAAGUAAAUGCCAGCAUGAAUUUGACGUUAGAGUACUCAUAGAACCUGCUGAAGAUGUAGCCUGUUUAAGAACCUUUAAAAACGAAAAUGAUGAUUUCCACGUGAAGUUUGUUCCUAAAGUACCUGGCACCUACAACAUGACAGUCAAGAUAAAUGGCGACAAACUUGUUAGCAGUCCUUUCAGGGUCCACGUGAAGGAACGACGGAUUGAUGUUGUGGGCGAGUUAGUUCUAAAAGGAGAAAUUCCUGAAAGUCCAAAUUGGAUUGCUGUCAACAGCAAAGGAACGAUCGCUGUAAGUGACCAUGAAAAACACUGCAUCCUAAUGUUUGAUGAGGAUGGAAAUUUUGUGCGAAAAUUUGGCUGCUAUGGAGAAGGGCCAGAGCAGCUGGCUUAUCCAGCUGGAUUGACAUUCUUGAAUGAUGUCGAGCUUCUGGUGGUGGAUGACGGUAAUGACCGAAUUCAACAAUUAAAUUUACAGACAGGGAACUUUGUGAAGAGCUUUGGAAAGGAAGAGACUGUUGACGGCGAGUUUCUGGAACCCGAGGGAAUUUUCUUAAGUGAUGAAGGACAUGUCAUUGUUGCGGAUUACCGUAACAACAGAAUUCAGGUCUUGGACAAAGAUGGUAAAUUCAUGUACAAAUUCGGAGACAACGGCCCUGGAAAGCUAAACCGACCUAGUGGAUGCAUUUAUCACAAAAACAAGUUCAUUGUAUCUGAUAUUGGACAUCAUUGUUUGAAAGUGUUUGACAAAUCAGGGAAGUUCUUGUACAAGAUUGGAGAAAAAGGCGAAGCUGAUGGACAGUUUUCAUCUCCAUGGGGUUUGUGUGUUGAGAAAUAUGGUGAUCAUCAGAAUCUUUUGGUGUGUGACAGAAAUAACGGACGCAUUCAACAGUUUACAAUGGAAGGUCGUUUUAUUGGCAAAACUAUUGUUAAGCUAAGAGAUCCGAAAGCAAUAGCUACAACACCAGAUGGUCGUAUUUUGGUUUGUGACUAUGAAGACAAAAAAAUUCAUAUCUUGAAAUAGACACUCAAAUGUGUUUUGCAAAAAGGAAUAAUAAUGUGGGAAUGGUUACAAAGUUAGCACGUUUAUCGUUACACCGGUAAUCAAAUAAUUUAUAUUUGUUUCUUCUUCCUUGAAUAUGAUUUGCUAAGAGAUCUUUGAGGUGCUUGGGAUGUAUGUAUUAAAAAGCGGACUAACGCGAACUUCCACCUCCUUCCGUAGCUCAAUUUCUAGGAGUGCAUGUAUCAGUUGAGACCGCGAUCCUCUCCAUCGUGCGUAUUGAAACUCACAUUGGUGGAUAUCGAUCUCCCUCGGUCUCAGGUUCCUUUGUCAAUAUUUUACUCCGGAGAGAAUAUCGUAGUUUUAGCUUGUCAUGUAUCUUUAGGUGACAGUUUUCAAUUUUGCAGGAUAGGACUGAAAAACAACUGUUAUUGUGGAAAUAAUAUUCCAGUUUUAGCUUGUCAGGUAUCAUUGUGAGUGAAUUUUUUUCAAUCUGCCGAGCUGGACCAGAAAAUACAAACUAGUUCCUUUAAGAAAUUCAUACAACUAUAGAGUUGCUCGCACAAUAAAUGUUUUUCUUUAUCAUCGUUCAAUGGUAAUUUCUGCACAAGUAACUAGAACACUAGAAAAGUAGACUCGUUCAAUUCUGAUAGA